GGAAACAGACCUGGACAGCUAAGAUGGCGGAGGAGCAGCAGGAAUCAUCACAGGGAGAGAUGGAGGGAGUGAACUGCCUUGCCUAUGAUGAGGCCAUAAUUGCUCAACAGGACCGGAUUCAGCAAGAGAUAGCCAACAGUAACCCUCUAGUGUCGGACAGACAGGACCUGUCGGUGCUGCAGAGAGAGUACUCCGAGGAAGACACGGUUUAUCAGCUCAAGAUCAAGGACCUUUACAAAAAAUACUCGUACAUUCGCAAGACGCGACCAGAUGGAAACUGCUUCUACAGAGCCUUCGGGUUUGCACAUCUGGAGUCACUGCUCGACGACAGUAAAGAGCUUCAGAAGUUCAAAGCAGUUGCAGCAAAAAGUAAACUGGACCUGGUGAACGAAGGCUUCACUGAGUUCACCAUCGAAGACUUCCACAAUACUUUCAUGGACCUGAUCGAGCUGUGUGAGAAGCAGCCCAGCCUGCAGGAGCUGCUGAGCUCCUUCAACGACCAGAAUGUGUCGGACUACGUGGUGGUGUACCUGCGGCUGCUCACCUCGGGAUACCUGCAGCGAGAGCACGGCUUCUUUCAGCACUUCAUCGAGGGAGGUCGGUCCGUCAAGGAGUUCUGUCAGCAGGAGGUGGAGCCAAUGUCCAAAGAGAGUGACCACAUCCACAUCAUCGCCUUAGCUCAGGCCCUGAACGUCUCCAUCCUGGUGGAGUACAUGGACAGAGGAGAGGGGGGGACAGUCAAUCACCACGUCUUCCCCGAGGGAGGCGACCCCCGCAUCUUCCUCCUCUACAGACCCGGCCACUACGACAUCUUGUAUAAAUAACACUCCCGGCCCACCACCACCACCACCUCAUCAUCAUCAUCAUCAUCAUCAUCUUCAUCUUCAUCGUCAUGGUAUUUGAAGAAAAAAAAUUUACAAAAAGAUAAAAAUCACAUGACAUGAAUCCUUUUUCCCCCAGUUCCCCCUCAGCCAUCACAAAAUGGUUAAAUGAAAAAAAAAAAGGAAGAAAAAAAACGUUUGGAAAAAUAGAAGUUACUCCAUUUAGAGUUGUACAGGUUUUUUUUCUUUUGUGGUUGUAAAUGUUAUCUACUUGCUUUUUGUUUGAUUCUGUUCCUUUGUUACACUGCGUUUCAUUGAGUUUUAUUAAAGCAAUUUACAUCGUA